AUGGCAACCGGAAUCGCCCCAAAUGUGUGGGAAGGUAUCCUCAAGAUCCGCGGCGAAUACAUCAAGUCACUAACAGCCUGGGAACUGGGCCUAACCAGCAACCCCAAGCUAACACACAGCGCUAAUCUCAGCCACAACAUCAUCAUGCUAGUCGAACACAUUGAACGCACCUUCCUACGUAUAGACAUCCUCGACUGCCCAGACAAGCCCUUCUGCUACCAGCCCCGAGUCUACUGCAUAAUCAGCGUACUGCUAGACACCAUCGAGAUGCUCCAGACACAGAAGCUUGCUGAGACUGCCCCUGGUGUCCUGGCUAAUAUUCUGCGUAUGCUGAUUAUCCAAGUUGGUCGACUGACCCUGGCGCAUGCCGGAGAUGAUAGUGCGACGGACAUGGAUCUGUCUGCGGAUAUUAUGGACACUUGUGUGAGCCUGGGUAUUCUGGGCGGCUGUGAUGAGCAGCAGAAGGCGAUGCUUGCUGUUCUUUGGGGACGCAUGCAUUUUGUUGGUAUGUAUUGUAAUUGUGUGCAGUGUGGACAGAGACUGCUGAUGCCCACAUGCAUUGAAUGA